CGAAAGGACGUGUUUUGGCAAAAGAAAAAUAUAUAAUUUUUUUGUUUGUUAAAAAUUAUCAAAAAAAAUUUUUCAAUUAUUUUUUUUUUGGUUCAAUUCAAGAAAUGGCAGAUGAUUUACAAAGUUAUAAAUUACAACUUCAACAGGUUGAGGCUGCUCUCCUCACAGAUCCCGAAAACUCUGAAUUACUUAAGCUUAAAAAAGAUCUCGAAGAAGUUAUCGACUUGACCAGAGAUUUAAUUAAAACACAACUUGAAGAACAAAAGAAAUCUUCAUAUGUCGAACCAGCCACCUCAACAUCGUAUUACGAUGAAAUCGAAGCUGCCUUACUCGAGGCCGAGAAACUUGUUUGUCCGGUCAAAGUCUGGAAGAUCGGUGACAAAUGUCAGGCCAAAUGGACUGAAGAUGGUGUCUACUAUGAUGCUACAAUCGAAGGCAUAACCGACGAGGGCGAGGUUAGUGUAAUAUUCGAGGCAUAUCAGAAUCGUUCAACAACAACAUUGAAAGAGUUGAAAGAGCGGACAAGCCGCAAUGAAGUCUUCCCAUCAACAAAACGACAUCGACCCAAUCAAAAAGAAUACCUCAAAAAACGUAAACAAAAGAAACAACAACGAUUCAAAGAAUUAGAAGAAGAACGUGAACACGACAAGAACAAGUGGCUUAACUUUACUACAAAGAAUUCAAAGAAACCCGGAAUGAAGGUAAAGAGUAUAUUUGCAUCGCCAGAGAAUGUCGAAGGACGUGUCGGUAUUGGCACUUGUGGUGUCUCUGGCAAAGGAAUGACAGAGUUUACAGUUGGAGAGAAAUUGCGAAAAGGCACUUAGUUUUUUUUUAAGAUUUGCUUAAUUCUUUUUAUACUAGGCUAAUUUUUCUUUUCCCCCAACAAAAAACAACAACAGUUAACGCAUAAUAAUAAUAAUAAAAGAAAAACAUCAAGAAACUUCAAAUAAUAAUAAAGGACUCUGUUCCGUUACAUAA